CCCAGCGACCAAGAACCCUUUCACAUUUGUCUAGGGUUGUAUAUUAACCAGCAAAAAUUGGAGCUUAUAAAACGACCUUUCUGGCCAUCUCGCCUUAAUGAUCGGACAGAAAGACCAAACUACCCCUAUUCCCCAUUGAAAACCAGUCUCUCUCUUCUUCCUAGAAUCUUUUCCGGAACUUCGCCUGAGAAAUAGCUUUCUUUUACCUCAAUGUCUGGACAGAAAGACCAAACUUCCCCUACUCUCCCAUGGAAAACCAGGAUCUUUAUCUCCUUAAUGGGGUCUCUCAUGGACCUUUGCCGUAGAGAGAACGGCACCGUCAAUCGCCGUCUCCUCAACCUCCUCGAACAAAAGUCUACUGCUAACGGAAAACCGGAAAUUGUCAACGGCGAUCCGGAAACCACCGUGAAGGGCAGGGACGUAACCUUAGAUCCCGCCAAAAACCUGUGGGUCCGCGUCUUCACACCCGACCGGAAACCAGACGGACUACCGGGAAGCGGUUUCCCGGUCAUCGUGUUCUUCCACGGCGGCGGUUUCGUCUUCAUGUCUCCGAAAUCCAGGCCGUACCACGAUCUCUGCAAGCGGUUUUCCGGCGAGAUGCCCGCUAUCGUGGUUUCGGUGAACUACAGGCUCGCGCCUGAAAACCGCUUUCCGGCACCUUACGAUGACGGCGUGGAGGUGGUGAGGUGGAUCGCAGGCGCCGGGAAACAGUUUGGAGAUGACGGAAAACUGGUAUUGGAGAAGGGCGGUUUAUUCGAAACCGCCGAUACCUCGAGGUGUUUUCUAGUUGGGGACAGCGCUGGUGGCAAUAUCGUGCACCAUGUAGGGCGGAGAAUUGCAGAGGAGGCAGCCGAGUUCCUGCCGCUAAAGGUGGUAGGCCAUGUUCUCUUACAGCCCUUCUUUGGAGGUGAGGAACGCUUACCUUCUGAGCUCAAACUAAAGAACAUGCCAUUGGUGUCAGUGGAUCGCGCAGAUUGGCACUGGAAGGUGUUCUUGCCCGAGAAUUCAGACAGAGAUCAUCCUGCAUGCAAUGUUUCUAGCCCGAAUUCACCAGACAUUAGUGAAUUGGAUUUUCCUGCAAGUUUAGUGGUGAUUGGAGGGUUUGACCCUCUCCAAGAUUGGCAGAGAAGAUCAAGAAUAUUUGAUUGUGGGUGCAGUUGGCAUACGGAUGCCUCCGUAAGUGUAGAGAUCCAGCAUAUAUGUGAACAUUUGAAAAUGGAGGCUCUCAACAAUGAGACGGAAAAUUGCAGAGGACGCAGCCGAGUUCCAGCCGCGAAAGGUGGUAGGCCAUGUUCUCUUACAACCCUUCUUUGGAGGCGAGGAACGCUUACCUUCUGAGCUCAAACUAAAGAACGUGCCAUUGGUGUCGGUGGAUCGCGCAGAUUGGCACUGGAAGGUGUUCUUGCCCGAGAAUUCAGACAGAGAUCAUCCUG